CAUUAGAGAGGAAAAAAGUUGACUAGAGAAAGGGCGGAGAAGGCUGUUUUGUGCAUCAACAAAACCAGCUCCUGGACUUGCUUGCAUACUCUCUCUGUUCUUUCUAUUCAAAGAUCUGUAAAUUUAUAUAUUAUCUUUUAUCAUAUAUAGUAUUAGUAUAGUCCACUUGUUUAAACCACCUGUGUUGCAUAUUCUGAAUCCUAUCAUCUUGUGGCUUUGAUGUCUAGAGCAUUGGAACAUGAUUACAUAGGGUUGGCAGAGAAUCCGUCAAUGGAUGGUAAAAACUCAUCAUCACUGAACUUGAAGGAGACAGAGCUGAGGCUUGGCCUCCCUGGUUGCGAGUCUCCAGAGAGAAAAUCAGGUUCUGCACUCUGUCUUUUUGGCAAAGAGUUGCAGAACAACAAUAACAAUGUUUGCUCUUUGAAGGCUGGGGCCAAGAGGGGCUUCUCUGAUGCCAUUGACACCUCUUCUGUCACUGAGGGAUCUCAAGGAGCUUCUGCUUUGUUCUCUCCAAGAGGUGGCAAUGUUGGGAAGCCUCUUAUUGGUUUAGACACUCAAACUAACACCACCAUCAAAGAGGUUGGUGCAGUUCCUCAAUCAGCCAAACCGGUUCAGGAAAACAAUGAUCAGUUUGCUGCAACAAAUGCCCAUGCAAUUGCUCCUGCUGCUAAGGCACAAGUUGUGGGAUGGCCACCAAUUCGAUCUUUCCGAAAGAACACGAUGGCCUCUAAUUUGACAAAGAACAAUGAUGAAGCUGAGGGAAAAUCAGGAUUUGGUUGUCUCUAUGUGAAAGUCAGUAUGGAUGGUGCCCCUUAUCUUAGAAAGGUUGAUCUCAAAACCUAUAACAACUAUAUGGAACUUUCCUCAGCUCUUGAGAAGAUGUUCAGCUGCUUCAGCAUUGGUCAAUGCAAUUCUCCUGGACUUCCUGGGAAAGAUGGACUAAGUGAGAGCUCUUUGAGGGAUCUUCUCCAUGGAUCUGAAUAUGUUCUUACAUAUGAAGAUAAAGAUGGAGACUGGAUGCUUGUGGGUGAUGUUCCUUGGGAGAUGUUCACUGAUUCAUGUCGGAGACUAAGGAUCAUGAAGGGCUCUGAGGCAAUUGGGCUAGCUCCAAGGGCCAUGGAAAAAUCUAGGAGCCAAAACUAAUGCAGAAAAAACCCCAUUAGACCAAAGCGGGGGGUAUUCAUUGAAGCAUAUAAAGAUUUCCAAGGGUGUUUGAGUUUAUGAUUCUGUUCAAAAUCAAAAACAUAUGCUAUUCAGUGUCUCAGUUUUUGUGCAUUAAUAUAUAUAGUAUGACAAGUUUUAUCAUUAGAAUUCAACUGGAGACAUCCAGACAAUAUAUACACAUAUUUUGUUUGUUUCUCUAUUUUGUGUAUCCUUGGAUUCUAGUUGCUGUAUAAAAGAAUUGCUUGUUGUGCUUUUCCCUGUUUCCCUCUAUAACUAUUCUGAAUUUUCUUCA